AUGAACAACGAAAAUGAUGACGAUGAGUAUGUACCGCCUGUUCCAUGGUAUGUCCAGGCGGAGGAAGUGUUUAAACAAUAUCAGUUCAUGGUUGAACAACAAAAAAUAUUAGCCUCGACUACAACUCAUUCCGGUAUUCCUCGCAAAAUCUCUCAAGAGUCGAGAUCCUUGAUCAUAAGGCAAGACAAUAAACCUGCUCCAUCAGACAACAAAUUGAGUACGGGUACAUUCGUAAGGGGCAUUGAAUGCGGUACAUUUGCCCUUCAUGAAAUAAGUGCUAGCGUCAUUAGUAGAUCAAUCAUAGUCAAGGCGAAACACACGGGAAUGCAGGACAAGGAUGACAAUAGUCAUUUUGAUUUGUACAAAACAUUCGACGUUUUGGAAGAGUUCGACAUCGAAAAAGCCAUGGUUACAUUGCACUCUGAUGGUGUUUUAAAGAUUGAAGUUCCUAAGAUAACAGCAAACGAAUAA